AUGGCGCAGGUCGGCGAGGUUUCCACGGGCACCGUGACGCUCGACGACGAGUGGACUCGGGGGGAGGCGACCGCAUGUGGUGAGGCAUAUGCAAAGGUUGAUGACAUGGACUAUGACUCAUUUCAGCGAGUGGUGCAAAAGAACCGCGAGCGUGGAAUGCCACCACCACCCCGAGCCGUUCUUAAGCGGGUCCCCGAGUCAUCAGAUGAUUUUCUUCGAAAUUUUUUUCUUCGGAAUGGAAUGCACCGAACCAUGGACAUAUUUGAAAUUGAGUGGUACGAGAAAUAUGGGUCCAAGCCUCUGAAAGACGCACCGGUAUUCGCGGACAACUAUCUCGAAACUGCCGCACUCCACAAUCGAAUCGACGUUUUGGAGAAUCAGCUCCGCCAACAUGCGGAGUUAACCACGAAAACCACAAAGCAGUUUCUUCAGUCAAAGAAAGAACGUGACUUUCAUCGAGCCAACCAUAACCGUGUGGUGCAAGAAAAGAAUAAACUGUUAAAGCUCCUCCGCCAGGCGCAAAGCCAUGCUGAAGACCUUAAUCCAACACUCAAUGAACUUCGCCAGAAAUGCGAGGCGCUUCACAAGGGUAAGACAAUGCUUUCAAUAGAGAGGGAUAAACUAGAGGCCAAGGUUCUGAAGCUGGAGAAGCAGGUAGAAUCCUUGGAGCAACAGUUAAAGUUGCACGAAACAACCCGCACCAAGGAACCCAGUCCAAGACAAAGGGAUAAGCAAGUGGCUAAGGUAGACGGUACAAAAUCGGGCACAAAGGGGGGCAAGUCGGCGACGAGAGCCGGUGAUGCCGCGGCUGACACCUUCCGAUGGCCACCGGACGAAAGACGGCGGCCCGCCAAUGCUUCUGGCGCUUUCCUUGCCCCGACUGAGCCGUCAUCGUGGAUAUGUCAGUCCUCAUUUAAGGCACAUUCCAUGCCUGUUACAAAGAUAGCCAUGCACCCGGAGAAGCCGGCUGUCGUCACUUCUAGUGAUGACGGAACCUGGCGGCUUUCGGCGCUCCCGCAAGGCGAACUUGUGAUGUCAGGUGACGGUCACAAAAGUUGGGUGUCAUCCGUCGUUAUGCACCCCACUGGGACCAUGGUUGCCACAGCAUCCGGCGAUAAAACGGUGAAGUUGUGGGAUUUCGCCAAAAAUGGCUGCAGGUUAACUUUGAAGGCUCAUUGUGAUGGUGUGUGGUGUCUGGACUUUCAAGAGACGGGUCUUCUCCUGGCCAGUGGUUCACUUGAUCAAACCGCUCGCGUUUGGGAUGUUACCACUGGCAAGUGCCGGCAAACGCUUCGUGGGCAUGUUGAUGCUGUGAAUGGUGUGGCCUGGAGGCAGUACACCAACACUCUUUGCACUGUAAGCGGCGACAAAACAGUGUCUCUUUGGGACGUACGGGCGAACUGCUGCUCACAAACACUAUACGGACAUCGGAACGCAGUGCAGUCGGUAACUACAGUAGGUCCAACCACCAAUGUGGCGACCUGUGACGCAGAUGGUGUUGUGAUGCUAUGGGACACCCGUCGCAUGGAACAGCACCUUACGGUUGCGUGCGGUCCAUAUCCAGCCAAUCAUAUAGCAUCUGACCGCAAUGGUACGUACCUGCUUGUCUCAAGCGAUGACACAAAUAUUAAACUCAUUGAUGUAACAAAGUCCACCGUUACGGAGCUCGUUGGUCAUGAAGAUGGUGUGCAAUGCGCCGUAUUUGAUUGGUCAUCCAACGCCUUUAUAGUAAGUGGUGGGAGUGAUGGCGUGGUGAGGUACUGGUGCUGA